UUGCGGGGCAGCGAGGAGGCGCCGGUCGCCGAGCCCGACGGGCCGCUCACCCUCUACCUCGUCGCCUGCCUGGCCAGCGUGUCCGCGCUGUUCCUGGCCACCGCGGUGGCUGCGGCGGUGCUGAAGGUGCGACGGGCCAGGCGGAGCGAGGCGGAGCCCUUGCCCACGUUCCCGCCGGCUGGCACGGAGAGCGACGCGGGCUCCCUGCCCCGCACCUACCUCUACGACGUCUGCUUCGCCGCCGGGACCGUCAACAGCGAGUUUCGGUUCCUCAAGCCCCUCUUGCCCUGCUUCCCCGCCGAGCUGCCGCCCGGGCCGGGCCAGCAGCGAAGC